AGUCGAUCGCGAGUGCCAAAACACGAGGAUUUUGACGUUACAAUGUUUGGAAAGUGUGUUGACUGAGUGCUUGAUUCGUGCCUAUGUAAAGUGAUUUUUAUGUGUGUUCCUUGAGUCGAACGGGCAGGAUGCCGAGGGGAGAGAAUAGGUCGAGCAUCCUGCUCUCCCGGGAUGAGAAUGAUCAGGUGUUCAGUCUGAUCGGGGCCAAAUGCCAGAGUCUAGCGACGGCAGUGGUCCAGCUUUUCACGACUGAAGGCCCGGGACACUCAGAAUGGAAGAAAAAGGACACGGGCGUACUAUGUCUGAUAAAAGACAACAGCAAACGUUCAUACUUUUUCCGCAUAUAUUGUUUAUACCGCAAAGCGAUGAUUUGGGAACACGAAGUGUAUUUACAGAUAGAGUACAAAAGCCCAAGGCCUUAUUUGCACACCUUCGAAGCUGAGGAAUACAUGACAGCGUUUAACUUCGCUAACGAAGAUGAGGCAAAGCUCCUUAGGAACGUUCUUAUUGAGAAAAUCGAACAACGGAAGCAAAGGAGAGAAGAGCGACGACAGCGCUCCGCCCUUUCGCAUCGCGCGAACAGUACAUCGUCAUCGCAGAACUUCGCGCUGACGUCGCAUGCACCACGGCACAACGGCAUAGCGCCGCCCCUGCCACCCGCUCCCAUUCAAGAACUACCCCCGCCACGGAAGCCCGUGGUACCUUCAAAUGCAAAUAGCAUAUCAGGCGGGUACACGAUAAAGAGUAGCAGUCGUAAGCCGAAGACGCGCAAGCUCACGAAGGCCGACAUCGGCAUGCCUUUGGACUUCAAACACGUGUCGCACGUCGGCUGGGACGCCAACAAAGGUUUUGAUGUGGAUAACCUUCCCGAAGAAGAGAUGCGCUCGUUCUUCUCGAAGGCGGGCAUCUCGGAGACGCAGCUGCAAGACCAGAAGACCCGCAAGUUCAUCUAUGACUUUAUUUACAAACAUGGUGGCAUCGACGCCGUUAAGGAGGAUCUACACGAGACGAAGCCUCCUAGAGGCGCAUUGACCAACGCGUCGCCUGCGCCUCCGCCGCCAACGACGCCAGCGCCGCCCGUGCCCGCGCGCAGCCCCGCGCCGCACCACCCGCCCGCGCCACCGUCGCGAGCUCCGCCGCCGCCCCCCGCGCGCGUCGUGCCCCCGCCCCCGCCGCCACCGGCAUCACUACUUGCGCCCAAGAAUCCGCCACCCCCAAGGCCUACGCAGCCACCUUCGAGCGCCCCCCCAUCAGUGCCACCCCCACCGCCCCCGGGCAUGACCCCGUCUGGUGCACCGCCACCUCCCCCUCCGCCGCCCCUGGCGCCUGUGCCCCCGCCGAUGCCAGUCGAAACGCCCUCAGCUGGCGACGCACGGUCCGCGCUCAUGGAAAGCAUACGCACCGGGAACAAGACGCUCAAGAAAGUGGAAACUGCCCCGCGGCCAGUGAUCGACGACAGCAGAAGCAAUCUGCUCAGCGAAAUCAGACAAGGGGUCGAACUUAAAUCCGUUACUCGAUCAUUAAGCAACGCGAAUGCGGCGCCACGGCCUUCAGGCGGCGGAUGCGGACUGGCAGAAGCACUAAAGAAGGCAUUAGACGACCGCAACAUCGCCAUGCACUCGGACAGCGACAGCAACACCUCAGACACCACCAGCGACGGCGAUGAGUGGGACUAAACACGCGGUAUAUAUAAAAGAUAAUGCAGUUUUAACGUUUCCACAUAUUUAAGGCCCAUGUCACACUCUGAAUAAUAAAGUGAGACAAAUCGAAAAGUAAAAUUUUUGGAAAACUAAUAGUUCUAGCGUUCAUUCUGGAUGAAUGAUUUUUCGGCCGAUCGUCGAAAAAUCAACAACUUCCUGAGGAUACCUCAUGGAGAUGUAAAACACGAGUCGAGUAUGUUUUUGGAGGUAGUGUUUGUGACCUGUAGUUGCUCUUGUGGUAUUAAUUUUAUGCGGGGGGAAAUUAACUGCAUGAAAACAAUGCUUAACAACACAAUAUAAACGCAGCUAUUUUGCACGACUUAACAUUCGCAGGUUUCGCGG